AUCAUCUUCUUCAUUCACUCAUUGUUCACAGUAAAAUACCAAGAUGGACGUUGCACUUUGUGUGAAAAAAAACCUUCUAACACUUGUUGUAGUCGCAUUAAUCUUAGCAGGAUAUGUGAAUGCUCAAAAUUGUGGAUGUGCAGCAAACGAAUGCUGCAGCGAAUUUGGGUAUUGUGGCACCAGCAGUGAAUACUGUGGGCAGGGGUGCAGAGAAGGCCCUUGUACUACAUCCCCUGCUCCACCUUCAAGUGGUGUUUCGGUGGCUGAUAUUGUGACACAGGAUUUCUUUAAUGGGAUACUUAAUCAGGCCACUGGAGACUGUCCAGGAAAGAGCUUCUACACCAGGGCUGCUUUCCUUGAUGCUCUUAAUUCCUACCCUCAGUUUGGCACAACUGGUACUGCUGAUGAUUCUAAGCGUGAGAUUGCAGCUUUCUUUGCCCAUGUCACCCAUGAGACUGGAUCUCUGUGCUACAUAGAAGAGAUAAAUGGUGCUUCCCAGGACUACUGUGACGAGAGUAACACACAGUAUCCAUGCAACCCAGCCAAAAAAUACUUUGGCCGUGGACCACUUCAGCUAACCUGGAAUUACAACUACGGAGCAGCUGGAAAUAGCAUUGGGUUCGACGGAUUAAACUCUCCUGAAACAGUGGCCACAGAUGUCGUUAUUUCAUUUAAAACAGCCUUGUGGUUUUGGAUGAACAAUUGUCACCAAGUCCUAAACCAAGGGUUUGGGGCAACUAUUCGGGCGAUUAACGGUGCAAUUGAAUGCAAUGGUGGAAACCCUGGUGCUGUCCAAUCUCGUAUCAACUAUUACAAUCAAUACUGUAGCCAACUGGGUGUUGCUCCUGGUGAUAAUCUCAGUUGCUAGGAUCCAUAAAUCUCUCUUUUCUUAGAUAAAUAAAGAAUGCUAAACAAACUAGAUGAAAGAGAACUAUCUCUUCUUGUAUUGCCCAGAGUCUUUAUGGGCAUUCGAUGGCCUCAUAAAUAAAGGAAAUAAAGAGGAUUCUCAUUUGCA